AAAAAUCAUGAUGGAUAUAAAAACCUCAAUUCAACCUAAAAAGACAUUCAAGGUUGUGUCUGUGUUACUUGGUAUUUUGGUAGCUUAUAGUGUGUAUUGGAUCAUCUCAAUUGAAGCCAAGGGUCGUCAAGGACUCACUACACAUACUCAAUGGAAACAUAUUAUACAAGACCAUCCUUAUGAACGCAAGGAAACGGAUCUUCGUUCUCCUUGUCCUAUGUUAAACACGCUUGCUAAUCAUGGCUUUAUCGCCCGAGAUGGCCGUAAUAUAAAGUCAGAUGAUCUGUUUAACGCCCUUAUGUUGAUGGGUGCACCCCCUAUCGUCACUGUUGGGUUUCUCAAGUAUGCUUAUACCACUUUUAGUGAACCCAGUCCUGUCUCUUUCUUUUCUCAGUUUAGUGGUUCAGAUGGCUUGGAUUUGGAUCGACUAAAGAUCCAUAAUAUCAUUGAACAUGAUGUCUCUUUAACUCGUCAAGAUACUGCUUUGGAUCCAGCUGGUCUUCCACAGCCUGACUAUAUCCAGAGAAUGUCUCGAUUAGCCAAAUACAAGCAUCAUCAACACAUAUUUACACGUCAAGAUGAAAAUGACGCAAGAAAAUUGCGCUGGUUGGAAUCUAUCAGAGACAAUCCAUGGGUCCAUUUGAGCUUAUUUCAUCAGUUUGCUUCAAGCACAGAAUGCUCUUUAUUGAUGGACAUCAUUGGCCGUGAUGGUCAAUUGGCUGUCUCUCAUCUAGAAUCCAUUCUUUUACAUGAAAGAUUCCCUUCAGACUGGUAUCCAAGAGAGACUUCCAUGAGCUUAGUAGAAGUGGCCACAAAACCACUUUUGUGCUGGAUGGGUCUUUAUCAAAGUAAAAUAACAUUGGAUAUAUUGAAUAAAAUUUAAUCACAUAAAAGAUAAUUAAUGCACACGA